AUGGUGGAUAAACUAAAAGAGAUAAAAGGGCUGGGCCGGGAGCAGGGUCAAAGGGAUGAUGGUAUACAAUGGAUGACUUACUUUGGGCAGGGCGGCCUGGGCAAGGCAGCCUUCUCAGUUAAAGGGCAGGGCAGCCUGGGCAAGGCAGCCUUUUCAGUUAAAGGUCCUCUCAAGAGACAUGUCACGGGCGGGCGGAGCGGGUCAGCGGCGGAGCAGUCAGAGGGCGCGGAGCAGUCAGAGGCGGAGCGGGCAGAGAAUGGCAGGAAAGCAAGCGCAGCGGGCUAG